GGAGGGGGCCGAAAUUAAUGCCGCGGUAGCACCGGGCGUAGCGGGGGUCUUUGCGCUUGGCCUGCCUGUCGGUGCCUCCCUCCCCGCGCCGUCCCUGGCAGCAGCCCAGGGGCUUGCGUGGCUCUGAAAAGCUACUAAAUUGCCCCCGUUCUUUAGCGUCUGGGUUUUGGCGUUGGCUCAGGCACACAGAGGGUGGGAUUAUUUUAAGAUUGACACUGGGUUGCUUUGACUCGCUCGCUUCCGCAGGAUGCCGCACAAGAUCGGGUUUGUAGUUGUCAGUUCAUCGGGACACGAAGAUGGCUUCAGUGCAAAAGAGUUGAUGGUUCAUGCACCGACGGUGAACGGCUGGCGAUCACCCAGACUCUGUCAGUAUCCACAGGAAAUUGUUCUGCAGUUGGUGGAGAGAUGUCGAAUACGGAAACUGCAGUUGCUUGCUCACCAGUACAUGAUUUCAAGCAAAAUUGAGUUCUACAUCAGUGAAAGCUUGCCUGAAUACUUUGUUCCUUAUCAGUCAGAGAGGUUUCACAGACUAGGUUAUGUCCCUCUCUCAGACAAUGAAAAGACUGAUUUCAAAGCACGAGAGUUAAAAUCUGUGUAUAUGGAUGCAGUUGGCCAGUACCUGAAGCUGAUUUUCCAUAAAAAUUAUGUCAAUAAAUACAACUUAUAUGGCCAGGUUGCCCUCGUAGCUAUAAACAUUAUUGGAGAUCCAGCAGACUACAGUAACGACAGCAAUAAUACUCCUUCCAGAGAGAAGCUGAUAGACCACUACUUAGGAAUUAAAUCAGAUGAUCCUGCCUUAGAUGGAACUUACCUUGGGAAAGCCGACUCCAUUUCUCCUCUGGAUGAUUUGGCUUUUGACAUGUACCAGGAUCCAGAAGUUGCUCAGAUAAUCCGUAGGCUGGAUGAGAAGAAGCGCGACGCUGUCCGCCAUGAACGCUACGAUUAUGCCAAGAAACUCAAACAGGCUAUUGCUGACUUGCAGAAGGUAGGGGAACGACUCGGACGGUAUGAGGUGGAGAAGCGCUAUGCUGUAGAGAAAGAGGAUUACGAUCUUGCUAAGAUGAAAAAACAGCAAAUGGAAGCGUACCGCCUGAAGGUGUAUCAGCAACUGGAGCUUCACGACCUUCUGGAUGCAGAGCUGAUGAUUCGAAAACCACCUGAAUUGCCUUCGGAGCCUGUGUUUUAUGCUGACAAUCCUCAGCACCCAAAAGCUGCAAGUUCACCUCCCUGUGAGCACCCAGGGCCGCAGAAGGGAGAGCCAUGGAGAGCGGAGCCUCUGCUGCCAGAGGAGUCGGCAGGUCCCACUUCUGCCGAGCCCGCGGGUCCCCAGCAGUCCCCUCCUCCUCCUGGCACUCACCCCACAACCUCCAGGGAAGGGUUUCCCAAAGAAAAUGCUGAAUUUUUACCUUAUGAUGAGAGACCCCUUCCAGCUUUCUGUAAACAGUCUGAGGAGGCAAUCGCGUACCUUGAGCCGGAGGUGACUGAAGAGGAUAUUGGUGAUACCUCAAGAAGUGGCUUUACUGGGGAACCUGAACCAUUGACUGAGAAGGCUCUGAGGGAGGCCAGCCCUGCUGUUGAAGUUUUUGGAGAAGCUUUGGUUUCAGGAGCAUAUUCCAAAACUUGGUCAUAUCGAGAAGAUGCGUUACUGGCUGUGUACAAGAAGCUGAUGGAAAUGUCAGUGAACACUCCAAAGGAGGAUCUAAAGAACAUGCUGAGGGCUGCCAUUUUUCUUGUACAGAGAGCCAUCAAAGACAUAGUGUCCUCAGUUUUCCAAGCAUCCCUGAAGCUUUUAAAAAUGAUCAUUACCCAGUAUAUACCAAAACAUAAACUGGGAAAGCUAGAAACUUCUCAUUGUGUGGAAAAAACACUUCCGAAUUUGCUUUCUAGAACAGGAGACUCUUCAUCCCGUCUUCGCCUUGUGGCUUCAAACUUUAUUCGGGAGAUGGCACUGUGUAGUGAGGUUAAACCUCUUCAGAUCGUUCCGGUUCAUUUGGUUCAGCCGCUAAAGCCGAACUCCCCGACACACCUGGCAGUGGGUCAGGUGGAGCUGGUGGAGCAUCUGCUGAAGGACAUGGGGACUGGGAGCUCGGGCUUCACCGUCAGCAACGUCAUGAAGUUUGCGACGGGAGCUUUGGAACACAGAGUUUAUGAAGUUCGGGAUGUCGCGCUGCGGAUCAUCUUUGAUAUGUACAGGACGCACAAGGCUGCUGUCCUGGAGUAUCUUCCUCCAGAUGAUGCAAGCAUCCGCAAGACUGUUCCCUAUAAAACACUCUUUGACGGAUUUACUAAAAUAGAUGGUAAACUUUCUGAAGCUGAAAUUAGGGCACAGAGAAAGGCAGCAACAGAAGAAGCAGAGAAACAGAAGAAGGAAGAGAUAAAAGUUCUGCAAGAUCAGCUGGCAGCUCUGAGGGAGAUACAAGCAGAAGUUCAAGCUGGAAAGGAAAAAGAAUCUGAUUUUCAGAAGCCAAAGAAUCAAGGUUACCAGGUAGACGAAAGCCCACAGCCUGCAGCAGCAGAGAUUCCUGAUGAUCAUUCCUCUGUUGCAAAUUACUUGGAUAAUUUGUGUAUUUUUUGUGGUGAAAGAGACGAAUCCUUCACAGAGGAAGGGUUGGAUCUCCAUUACUGGAAAAACUGCCCGAUGCUAACCAGAUGUGGGCACUGCAAACAGGUGGUGGAAAUAGCAAGCCUGACAGAGCACUUGCUGAUCGAUUGUGAUAAAAAGGACAGCUUUGGGAAAUGUCACCGAUGCAGUGAGGCCCUUCCAAAAGACGAGUUGCCCAAACAUAUUAAGAGCAAGACUUGCAAUGCCGCCAAACCAGAAGAUGUGGCAAACCAUUGUCCGUUGUGCCACGACAACUUUUCCCCAGGAGAGGAGGCCUGGAAAGCUCACCUGAUGGGCAGAGAUGGCUGUAAAAUGAAUCAACGCAGGAUAUCCAUAAUAAAUAAAACUCUUCUGGUGCAGCCUGGCAAAAUAGGUGGCCAGUAUUUAAAGAAACCAGGUCCUCUGGGAGCAAAAGCUUCACCUCCCUCUAUAGGAAGCAAGAUCCCAACCCCAAGAGGGGGCCGAAAUAAAAGCACUGGCAAAACAUACUCAAAGCGAUGACAGGACAAGUAUUUUUAACUUUGGCUUAGUAACGGGGCAUAUAGUUGUUAAUAGCUGUUUAAACUUUGUGGGCAACUCAUACCAUCGUUUCCAGCUGCCUGUGGGGGGCUGCCUGUCACCCUGACAGCUGGGGUCGGCUCUCUGUGCUGCGCAGCGCUGUGCUCUUCUCCUAGAAAUGCUCACCUCAGGGACAGCCCUGGCCUGCCACACGCCCUGCGUGGCACAAGGGAGGCCCUGCAUUGCUCUUUUCGACUGGUUCCUCCUUAAAAAACCUCCGCGAUGAGCAUGGAGUUAACAUGGCCGCGCCGCGUGGCCGCUGUCACCGUCAGCACCGGGGUUACAUGGUUAUGCUGGGGUCGGGUCUGGAUUUGAGAUCCAGUGAGGAAUUUCCUCAAGAUCCAUCGCUUGUGGUUUGGCUUUCUUUUGGGGGAGAGCAAGAAACUUGCCAAGCAGAAAAUGUACUGUGCUUUCAGGACAGAGCUGAGAAGCUUUUGUUCUUUUGAUCUAAGGGUAAUGCUUGUUUGCAGUUAUAUAAUCUGAAAGCUUGGGAAGUAAUACCUGUGUUAGCUGACUUUACCACCUGAUCACUUCAGUGUAAUAAUAGCUUUCUGCCAAAAUUGACUUUAUAACAUGCUGAAAGCAACAGUGUCAAUAUUUUUUGCUAGUCUCGCCAUCAGACGCUUGUGGUAGACAAAUAGGUCACAGGUGAAACUGUGUGUACUGGCUGGCCAGGAGACAGGCUGCCUUGUGUAUUUACAGAGAAUUAUCAUUACAACUGAGGAAGCGCGAUUGAAAAUCAGGAAAUACAGCGAGCGAAACGGGCGUGUUGCAGUCGUGCGGGUCGCUUCGGUGGGGUGACGAGGGUGGUGUCCUCGGCGGUGCCGUCGUUCCUCCGCGUGGAAUGGAAAAGGGCUGCAUGUGUAGGGGAAAGGCAGCGUGUAUCUCAGUAAUCUGACAGACCUGGAUGAUCCUGUAUUGAUAAACUCUUGGACCAAUUCAUGGGUAAAAUAAUUCCGUAAAGCAAAAGUCUUCCUCGUGGGUUUGCUAGCAGAAAAAAAAAA